CGCGCUAACGCCUCAGUCGCCAUAUUAAUUGCUGGCAAAGAGCAGCCAGCUUCCUACUGUGCUGGGGGUGUGGAUGGUGGCGAGAAUAGGGCUGUCCAGUGACCCGGGCUGGAAACUAGGGGACUGCCCACGUGAGAGUUCUCUAGUCACCUCUAAAAUGAGGGGCGCAAGCGAUCGGUUCCCUCUUUCCCCUUUUUACAAAUGAGUAAACUGAUGCGCCCCUUCCCCGCACCCCAUCCCUCACAGGACAGGGCCUGAGAGAAGGGACUCAGGACUUAUGCUUCGAGUCCAAGGUUUUUUCCCCUGCACAUUUCAUAAGUUUCUAAAUUUACAAAUGCAGGGUACCUGUGCAUGUGUGCGGGGGCCUCAGGGGGUGGCAAUUUGGGGCCUCACUAGGGAGGGUUACGGACGCCACUCUGAGUUAUCUGAACGUUAUCCAGGUGGAUGAUUAUCACUCAGCAGGACAGGUCCCGACUUCGCCAAGAGGCUGGAGAAACUGCUCACAAUCACCGGGGCUGGAGGCCUUGAGGACUCAUUUAAGAAACGUAUUGAGCACCUACUGUUUACUGGGGAGACGCUAGAGAACACAGGCAGCACCCUGUGACCGGGCGAUGGUGACUUAGUGUGAGUGGGUUGUAAUGAGGGCACUGGGCAAUGAAGGAGCUCAGAGGAGGCGCCUGACCCAGCCUGGGGGCAAGCAGGAAGGCUUCCUGGAGGAAGGGAUGUUGCAGCAAAGAUCUGAACAAGCCCCCUGGCCAACAGACAGCCCUGCUGCCAGCCUGUCUCCUCCCUCUGCUCAUCCCCGGCCCCCUGGGGCAGCUGCCCGCUCAGAGCUGAUCAGGUGUCAGAGCUGCGAGCUGGGAGCUGCUGGUGCGAGCUGGUGGCCCAGCUGGGAGCAGGUAACCAGAGCUGGCAGUGGACACAGUGGCCUGGUGCUGGAGUCACUGGAGCUGCAGGAGGUGGCCUGGGGAGAGGAGAAACACCUGACACUGGCCAUGAAGACCCUCCGGGCACGAUUUAAGAAGACAGAGCUGCGGCUCAGCCCCACUGACCUUGGCUCCUGCCCACCCUGCGGCCCCUGCCCCAUCCCGAAGCCGGCAGCCAGAGGCAGGCGCCAGAGCCAGGACUGGGGCAAAAGUGACGAGCGGCUGCUGCAGGCCGUGGAGAACAAUGAUGCCGCACGGGUGGCCUCCCUCAUUGCCCGCAAGGGGCUGGUGCCCACGAAGCUGGACCCCGAGGGCAAGUCCGCAUUCCACCUGGCGGCCAUGAGGGGUGCAGCCAGCUGUCUAGAGGUGAUGCUGACACACGGCGCCAACGUUAUGAGCACGGAUGGGGCAGGUUACAGCGCCCUCCACCUGGCCGCCAAGUAUGGGCACCCUCAGUGCUUGAAGCAACUACUGCAGGCAUCCUGCGUGGUGGAUACUGUGGACAGUAGUGGGUGGACGGCCCUGCAUCACGCAGCGGCUGGCGGCUGCAUCUCCUGCUCAGAAAUGCUCUGCUCCUUCAAGGCACAUCUGAAUCCCCGAGAUCGACUGGGUACAACACCCCUCAUCAUAGCAGCUCAGAUGUGUCACACAGAUCUGUGCCGCCUCCUCCUGCAGCAAGGGGCUGCCGCAAAUGACCAGGACCUUCAGGGCAGGACGGCCCUGAUGCUGGCCUGUGAGGGAGCCAGCCCCGAAACAGUGGAGGUGCUGCUGCAGGGUGGGGCCCAGCCGGGCAUCACUGAUGCGCUGGGCCAGGACGCUGCUCACUACGGCGCCCUGGCAGGGGACAAACUCAUCCUACACCUCCUGCAGGAGGCCGCCCAGCGCCCCACACCACCCAGCGAGGAUGACUCAGGCGAGGCAUCAUCUCAGAACUCUGUGUCCAGCCAUGAAAAGCAAGGGGCCCCCAAGAAGCGAAAGGCACCUCAGCCCCCUGCCAAUAUCCCGAUGCCGGAUGAUCAAGAUGCCUAUGAGGAGAUCGUGCGGCUGCGACAGGAGAGGGGCCGCCUGCUGCAGAAGAUCCGGGGCCUGGAGCAGAACCAGGAACGGAAGAAGCAGGAGCUGCCAGAGGCGGAGGCCAGCUCCCUCCACAGCCUGGAGAGACAGGUGCAAGAGCUACAGCAGCUGCUGGCAGAGAGGCAGGAGGAGAAGGAGAGUCUAGGACGGGAGGUGGAAAGUUUGCAGAGCAGGCUGUCCCUGCUGGAGAAUGAGAGGGAGAACACCAGCUAUGAUGUGGCCACCCUGCAGGACGAGGAGGGUGAGCUGCCCGACUUCACAGGGGCUGAGGCGCUGCUCUCCAAGCACCUAAGCCCAUCGGCCCAGGAUCUCUUGGCCUCGCUGCAGGAGCAGGUGGCCACGCUCACCAGACAGAACCAGGAACUGAUGGAGAAGGUCCAGAUCCUGGAGCACUUCGAGAAGGAUGAGAUGGAGGCUGACAGUCUGGCCGAGGUCAUCCCCCUGGCGCUGUACGACUCUCUCCGGGCUGAGUUUGACCAGCUCCGCAGGCAGCAUGCCAAGGCCCUGCAGGCGCUGGGGCAGCAGGAAGCACAGGAGGGCCCUGGAGAAGAGGAGGCAGCCCCUAGGGAGGGCAACGGCCCGGGAGCCAAGGCCGCCAGAAACGGGCCAGUGGAAGCAGAGCUUAACGGCACUGCAGCUCCGGAAACCAGAGUUAAUGGAGCCGAGAGCACAGAUGAGGAGGCUGCGGGAGUAGAAACCACGGAAGCCAGAGCUUUGGAAGCAGCAUCCAUGGUGGCGGAGGCCACGGAAACAAGACCCACGGACGCUGAGGCCACGGAAACAGAGGGUGUCGGCACCGAGCGCUUGGAAACAAAGGCCGCAGGGGCUGAGGUCACAGAAACGAAAACUCUAGAAGAAGGAGGAAACCCAGAAACAGAGGCCACGGGAGCAGAGUCCACAAAUAUGAAAACAGAGGAACCAGAAUGGAAGGCCAGUGGAACAGGUGCUGUGCAGGAAGAGCUCACAGGCACAGGGACCAUGAAAACGGAGGCCAUGGGAGUGGAGGCCACGACCCCGAGGGUCACCACAGGCCCCGCCUUGCACCCCAGUGCUGCCGAGCUGGAGGCGGCCCACGGCAAGUGUGAGCCCGCGGAGGCCGAGGGUGGUGGGGCUGGCGGGGUCAGCAGCGGUGACACAGGCCAGCUGCGGGCCGCCCUGGAGCAGGCCCGGGAGGACCUCCGAGACCGGGACUGCCGCCUCCGGGAGAUGGAAGCGGCCUCGGCCCGGCUGGACGAGGCCCAGGCCGGCCGGCUGUUGGCCGAGGAGGAGGCUCGGGGCCUGCGGGCAGAGCUGGCCCAGCGGGAGGAGUUGCGGCUGGAGCUGAGCCGGGAGGUGCAGGCCCUACGGGAGCAGCUGGCUACGGCCGCAGCCGCCGGGGAGCAGCAGCGGGCUGCGGCCGUCAAGCUGGGCCAGGCGCGGGACGUGGCUGAGGCCCGGGCUUCUGAGCUGGCCGCGGCCUGCGAGGAGGCUCGGCGGGGCCUGGCGGAAUUGCGUGAGGCCUCCGAGGUGCUCCACCAGUCAGUGGUGCCAGCCUCGGAGCAUCACCGGCUGCAGGAGGAGGCCCUGGAGUUGCGGGGACGGGCGGCCAGCCUGGAGCAGGAGGUGGUGGCCACGGGCAAGGAGGCCGCCCGUCUGCGGGCAGAGCUGGAGCGCGAGCGUGUGGGCAGCGUGGCCCGCCUGGAGCACGAGCGCAUCGUGGAUGCCCUGCAGGCCGACGUGGCCCGGCUGCAGGGGCAGCUGGAGGAGCUGGGGCGACGCCACGAGAAGACCAGCGCCGAGGUCUUCCAGGUGCAGCGGGAGGCGCUAUUCAUGAAGAGUGAACGGCAUGCGGCUGAGGCCCAGCUGGCCACCGCAGAGCAGCAGCUGCGGGGGCUACGUACUGAGGCCGAGCGGGCACGCCAGGCCCAGAGCCGUGCCCAGGAGGCCCUGGAGAGCGCCAAGGAGAAGGACAAGAAGAUCACAGAGCUCUCCAAGGAAGUCUUCAGUCUUAAGGAGGCACUGAAGGACCAGCCGGGAGCCCCAGGCUCCUCGGAGGUGGAGGCCCUUCGCGGCCAGGUGAAGGCUCUACGGGAGCAGCUGGAGGAAGCUGCCAGGGACCACAGUGCAGUGGUGGCCUUGUAUAGGAGCCACCUCCUCUACGCCAUUCAGGGUCAGAUGGAUGAAGAUGUACAGCGGAUUCUGAGUCAGAUCUUGCAGAUGCAAAGACUCCAGGCCCAGGGCCGCUGAGGUCAGAGCACUGCCCUCCGCCUUCCAGGCCCUGAG